CUCCCACUCCCACUCGCCUCCACUCCGAGCCUCUUCUCUCCCUUCCCCCAAGGUUGCACAUAAUCUCGUUUCAAAUCCUCGCGUGCUGAUUUCAUCGCUUAAUUACACGCAAAACUCACCGUUUGAGGUUCUGGAAUUCGAUUAGGGUUUUAUAAAAAUGCCGUUUUUUUUUCUUGAUUCCUCAACCGUGUCGUAUUGUGUAUUAUUCACUAUAGUCUCAGCUAUGAAACAUUCAGAAAAUAAAAAAACAAGGAAAAAAAUGUAGUUGCUUUAUUAUGAUACAACGACAAGCCUUGAAGAAACAGGUAGAAUUUCAUCGAUUCUUGAAUGGAGCAUGUAGCAUCUCUGAAUUUACCCCAAAAUGCCCCUGCCUGACUAUUGUACGAUGCAAUAUGCGUGGGUAUUGCAAGCCAGUUGCUGGGGUCCUUGGAGGUCCCAAAUUUUCAUCAAAUUCAGUUAGCCAAGAAGCUGAGAACUUUCUCCUUGACGCUGUUAAAAUGAACUUCUUUGAGCGGUUAAAUUUGGCUUGGAAAAUAAUUUUUCCAUCGGCAACAUCUAGAAAAAACUCCAAUGCUAGGAUUGCGAAGCAACGCUUGAAGAUGAUUUUGUUCUCUGAUAGGUGCGCAGUUAGUGACGAGGCAAAGCGUAAAAUUGUUAGCAAUGUUGUGCGUGCUCUAUCAGAUUUUGUGGAAAUAGAAUCACAGGAUAAAGUUCAGCUGAGUGUUUCUGCUGAUACAGAUCUUGGAACUAUUUAUUCUGUCACAGUGCCUGUACGGCGAGUUAAGCCAGAAUAUCAAGAUAUGGAUGAAUUUGGGACAAUAACGAAUGUUGAGUAUAAGGACACCGGAGAGGCUUCUGGUUCUGUUGAUGUUAGAUUUGAUUUCUAUGUCCCAGAUGAAAGGUCUUGAUUUUGAGUUGAAAGUUCUUGAAUCGUGAUUUCUUUGUCGAAAGUUAGUCUUUGAAAUGCUUACCAGUGAAAGGAUGGAGUGUUGUAUAUAUUUUAACAUUGAAGCUAACAUUAGGGUGACACUGGAUUUUGAUGAGAAAUUUUGUUUUUGUGGUCGCAUCAUUGAACUAAAUAUGGUAUGUUGUCUUUUCUUCCUUUGCGUUUAUGAUAAGCUUUUGUUGUUUUGAGUGUAUGAAUCAUUAUUGUUCA